AAGAAAAAGUGGGUAUGAAAUGGGAUGAGAGAUACAUUACAGCUCAUGGCAUAUAUUCCCCCAACAUAACCCCACUCAUGCUUCCUUAUAUGGAGUGAGAUCAAACAACAUCACAACAACUACUCCAAAUUAUAAAUAAAACUAUAGUUGCCACAUAUUAAAGCAUUCAAAAGUAUAUUUAUGUUUCAAUCUCCAUUACAAGUAACUCUUCCAAAUAAAGCAAAUGGAUCAGAAAAAUGUGCAAAACCAAAGUAUGCGUUUGGUUCUUUCUACCGAUGCUAAGCCUAGGCUAAAAUGGACUCCUGAACUUCACCAACGAUUUGCUGAGGCAAUUCACCAGCUAGGAGGUGCAGAAAAAGCUACCCCAAAAAGUCUGAUGAGGGCGAUGGGGAUUCCGGGACUGACUUUGUACCAUCUCAAGAGCCAUUUACAGAAAUAUAGACUUGGCAAAAGCCAACUGCUAGAAACCUGUUCUGACAACAAACAAGAUUACGUAGAGAUCCAGAGCAGUGAUAGUCAAUGCAGCAGGGAAAUCAGUGUUGAAAAUCAGAAUCAAACCAGCGAAAGCUUGAAGAUUUCUGAGGCUCUCCAAAUACAAAUGGAAGUACAAAAGAAACUAUAUGAACAAAUUGAGGUGCAGAAACAUUUGCAAUUUAGAAUUGAAGCUCAAGGAAAGUACUUACAAUCAGUACUAAUGAAAGCACAAGAAGCACUUGCAGGAUACAGUUCUUCUUCGACGGUCGGCGUAGAGCAUGCUAAAGCUGAACUUUCUCAAUUAUUAUCAAUAAUCAACAAUGCAUGUCCUAGUUCUCCUAUUUCAGAACUAACAGAAACAAGAGGUUUGAGUUUGAACUUUGGGGAAAGGAAACAAAAUAGAGGAACUAUGUGUUCUUUGGAAAGUUCUUUGACAUCAUCUGAAAGUUCUGAGAGAAAAGAUGAAAAACAUUUCAUAAAUGAGGCAGAGAAUAUUCCAAAUUGUAAUAGUGUUUCAGUUGAAUUGCCACUAUUGGCCAUUCAUCCAGAAGAUGAAGGUAGUGGGAGAAAGAGAAGUGCAGAAACUGAUUUUGAUGAUAGUUGUGUUGAUCAACCAGAAGGAAAAAGAUGUGCUAAAAAAUUGAGGAAAUUUGAGUUGUCACAAAUGCUUGACUUAAACAGCAAAUAUGAGAGGGAUAUUGAUUCAUGUUCAUCAGAAAUAGAUUUAAAUUGCAGUUCAAGCUUUUAAGUACUAUGAAGAUGAUCUUUUAGUAAUAAUAUUUACAUAUUCAACAAAGUACCUCUCAGGAGAAAAUAUGUCUAUAAACUAUGUAUAUAUUUUAUAAUGAAAAGAAAGAAAAGGUAUAAUACUUAUAUGACACAUUUCUUCA